CCGAUGCUUAGCGUUUAGAAGUUUUCCGAUGCGCGCUCCGAGAGAAAGAGGUGGCCAGUACGCGAGUCUUAUCAACACCCGGUGCAAUAGUCCGGUUUUGUAAAUACGGUGGACUCUGUGGUGGAUUCCCAUUCCCAGAUUCAGAGGAGGCGCAUUUCAAGCAGGAUUGUGUGUGUGUGUGUGUGUCUGUGUGUGGAUUGCUUCAGUCUUCUUGACGACUGUUCUUCGCCAGCUGUACGCCGUUUUGGAGAGCAGUCAUGCAGGCGCGCUAUUCCGUCUCCAGUCCCAACUCGCUGGGAGUUGUGCCGUACAUCAGCAGCGACCAAAGUUAUUACCGAGCCGCCGCCGGAGGGGGGUACACCGGCAUGCCAGCCCCCAUGACCAUGUACUCUCACGCGGCCCACGACCAGUACCCCGCCAGCAUGGCGAGGGCAUAUGGGCCAUACACUCCACAGCCGCAGCCUAAGGAUAUGGUGAAACCCCCGUACAGCUACAUUGCGCUCAUCACAAUGGCAAUCCAGAACUCCCCGGACAAAAAGGUGACCCUUAAUGGUAUUUAUCAGUUCAUCAUGGAGCGCUUUCCCUUUUACAGAGACAACAAGCAGGGCUGGCAGAACAGCAUCCGGCAUAAUUUAUCCCUGAACGAGUGCUUUGUCAAAGUUCCACGCGAUGAUAAGAAACCCGGAAAAGGCAGCUACUGGACCCUCGACCCGGACUCGUAUAAUAUGUUUGAGAACGGCAGCUUUUUGAGGCGACGACGGCGAUUUAAAAAGAAGGACGCCAUGAAGGACAAGGAGGACCGAGGUGUUAAAGAGGCGCCGUCCCGCCAGGCGCAGCCGCAGGCCCGCGAGCAGGAGCAGUCGGUGCCUGGCUCUCAGCCCGUGCGCAUUCAGGACAUUAAAACCGAGAACGGCACGUCCACUCCUCCGCAGGCUGUUUCGCCCACGCUAAGCACCGUCCCGAAGAUCGAGAGCCCCGACAGCAGCAGCAGCAUGUCGAGCGGCAGCCCGCACAGCAUCCCUUCCACCCGCUCCCUCAGCCUGGACAGCGCUGGAGAGCAGCACCACCAGGCCCCCGCGCAGGGCUUCAGCGUGGACAACAUCAUGACCUCCCUCCGCGGAUCGCCGCACAGCUCCGGAGAGCUCACCCCGUCUCUCGUGGCUCCCUCGCGGACAGGUAUAACACCCACGUUGUCCCUGAAUUAUUCUCCCAAUCAGUCGUCCGUGUACAGCUCGCCCUGCAGCCAGAACUCUAUCUCGACUACCUCCAACGCCACCUAUCACUGCAACAUGCAGGCCAUGAGCUUGUACGCGGGCGGAGAUCGCUCGGGCCACUUGGGGACCACCGCUACCACCGUGGACGAAACUCUGCCUGAUUACUCGAUCACGACCACCACGUCGUCGUUGAGCCACGGGAAUCUGAGCUCGGCCCAGGAGGGCCACCAUCCGCACCAAGGGCGCCUCGCCUCAUGGUACCUGAACCAGGCCGGAGACAUUGGCCAUCUAGGCGCGACGUACCCAGCGCAGCAGCAGAACUUCCAUUCGGUUCGAGAGAUGUUCGAAUCGCAGAGAAUCGGUCUGAAUAAUUCGCCGGUAAACGGGAAUAACAGCUGUCAAAUGUCGUUUCCCCCGAGCCAGCCCAUUUACCGCACGUCGGGGGCUUUUGUGUAUGACUGCAGCAAAUUUUGACCAAACCAGUAUUUCGAUUAAUUUUUAUUUUUGUCUUGUUGUUCUUGAUUUUUCCUCCGUUCUUUUCGUCGAUACUGACAGACGCUGAUAUUUACUACCCCGUGGUGGACUGAACAGAAACACAAACGCGAGUCAGACACUUGAUCUUGGUUUGUUAAGGGCUGUGUUACUCCCAAUAACACGUAAGUUUUCUUCGUUUUUGUGAGCUAUAUGCUGGGCUGUGUUGAAAUGCGUCAGACGUUUAUGGACUUGUUAUUAAGUGUAAAUUGCAUAUAGUAAUUUAUUUCUAAAGUGUAGUCGGAUAUUAUGGACCAAACACCAGAACGUGUUUCUAAAUUGAACUUCAUUCAUUGUCCAAAUGUUCCAUUAUUAUAACAAGGGACGGAACAUGUAUAACGCCAUAUUCUUUCAAACUAUCUCCUUUUGUUGAAACAGUAUUCUGAAGGAACUGCAUUGUUUGUUUAAUAAAUUGCCAUGCUAUUUGAGUUAAAA